GCUAAGUGUAACAUAGUCAAACUUCAAAGGGGGGUAUCCAAACCAUAAUAAUCAAACUGACCAGCCCCUUUUAUAAGAUCAAAAACUUAAAGUUUUAUUUAUUCUCGCCACCCCCAACAAACAACAACAACUCCCAUCAAGAUUCGGUUCUACAGUCGUAUUAUCUUUGUACUUGUAUCUUUACUAUUUGUAUUCACUUUGCUAAUUUUUCCUAAUUCAAUACUACCUACUAUGUCAUUGCAACCACAACAACAGCGUCACCAUCAAUCAGUAACAUCGAUUUCUAAAGUCUAUGCAGAUGUGCUCGCUUCUAAACCCCAAGCUUAUUACGAUUACGACGAUUUGAACAUCAAAUGGAACUCACAAGAGAAUUAUGAGAUUAUAAAGAAGUUGGGCAGAGGGAAAUAUUCUGAAGUCUUUUUGGGGAUUGACUUGAUCAAGAGAAACAAAGUUGUUAUUAAGGUGUUGAAGCCCGUCAAGAGAAAGAAGAUCAAGCGUGAAAUCUCCAUAUUGUCGAAUUUGGUUGAUGGACCAAACAUUAUAAAAUUGUUGGAUGUGGUUAGAGAGCCUCAACUGAAAACUCCCGGAUUGAUAUUCGAAUACGUCAAUAAUAUUGAUUUCAGAAGUUUGUAUCCUACGUUUACCGAUUAUGAUAUUAGAUUUUACAUGUAUGAAUUGUUACGAGCAUUAGAUUACUCGCAUUCCAUGGGGAUAAUGCACCGAGACGUCAAACCUCAUAAUGUUAUGAUUGAUCAUGAAAAGAAGAUUUUGAGAUUGAUUGAUUGGGGGUUAGCCGAGUACUACCACCCAGGAACGGAGUACAAUGUUAGAGUUGCUUCACGGUACUUUAAAGGACCGGAAUUAUUAGUUGAUUUCAGAUUGUAUGACUAUUCCCUUGAUCUUUGGUCUUUUGGAUGUAUGUUGGCAUCCAUGGUUUUCAUAAAAGAGCCAUUCUUCCAUGGUAAAUCCAACACUGAUCAAUUGGUACAAAUUGUGCGAGUAUUGGGAUCGAAUAGCUUAAACAAAUACCUUACAAAGUACAAUUUGACCUUGAGUGACGAAUACGAAGAUAUAGGAUACUACAACAGACGACCAUGGGAAAGAUUUGUCAAUGAUAAUAAUCAACAUUUGGUGCUGAAUGAGUUUUUGGAUUUCAUUGAUAAGUUGUUGAGAUAUGACCAUCAAGAGAGAUUGACUGCAAAAGAAGCUAUGAACCAUCCCUACUUUGAUCCGGUAAGACCAAAGAAUUAGAUUUUAGACUGUGCUAUGAUUAGUUGAAGAUAUAAUUAAUGUAAUUCUGUCAAAAUAUAGUAAAUUAAGUUUAAGCAUUCAUCCAAAUUAGGUAAUAAAAGUUAUCGACUAAAUUAUGACUUUGUACAUACAUAUCUGUUGGAUAACUAAAUGUGACGGUAAUACAUUUUGGCAAUUUUUUUCGCAAUUUUUUGAGAAUAUAUUGGAGACCUAGAACAUCCCCUCUCUAAAGCCAACUCAAGCUUAUGUAAUAGAGUUCUG